AUGUCCGACUCGAUCUACGCACCGCACAACCAGCACAAGCUCGAGGCCGCCCGCGCACAAGACGCCGCCGCCGCCGCCGCCGCAGCAGCUGCUUCAUCCUCGAGCAACGCAACCGGCGACGCAGAGCAUGCCACCGACGCCGAUGCCAAGGCCGAGCACCAGCCACCGACGCACGACGGCGGCCCAGACGCAAACGACCAGCGACGACCCCCCAACCCGCACCUCACCACGCCCCUCCUCUACAUCUCUGGCAUCGACCCAAAGGUCUCGGACAGGGAACUCGCCAGCGGCAUCUUUGAAAAGGUCCUCCCCGUUCGACUCAAGAUCAACCGCGAUGUCCCCGACGGCCAGACUGCCAGCGGCACCGUCGAGUUUCAGACAAUAGACAAGGCCGAAAAGGCCUACGCCACCGUCCGCCCGCCGAUCCGCCUGCGCAUCGUCGACGAAGGUCAGGGACAGGAGCCACGCGCCGCAUCCAAGCCGCGCCUGGUCAAGCAGCUGCCGCCGCACACCGACGACGCCAUGGUCUACGACAUGUUCCGCCCCUUUGGCCCGCUCGUCCGCGCCCACUGCAUCCUCACCAGCCCCGCCGGCGUCCACACCGGCUUCCGCGGCAUGGCGUCGCUCGAGUACUACUCGGAGCAAGACGCGCAGCUCGCCCAGGACGAGAUGCACUGCGUCUCGAUCGGCGACAAGACCAUCAGCGUCGCAGUCGACUCGGUCCAGCGCCGCCCCACGGGCAACGCCGGCGCCGGCGCCGAGUUCAACGCCGCCGCCGCCCCCUUUGUGCCCGGCGGCCGCUCGAUGAAUGCCGCAGCGCCCUCGUUUGCGCCCUCGGCAUCGGUGUCGUCGUCGUCGGCCUCGGCCUCGGCCAACCGCAACGUUUCGGGCGGAUCGGCGGCGUCGAUCUACGCCACGGGCGGCGGCAGUCGCAACGGCCACUCGGCCAGCAACGGCCAGGAGACCGGCCCGCUCUUCCCCGUGCCCGGCAGCAACCUCCAGUACUCGGCCGCCGCCGCCACCUACAUUGACCCGUGCAACCUCUUUUGCAAGAACCUCGACCCGGCCAUCGACUCCAACGAGCUCUUUUCGGCGUUCAAGGGCUUUGGCCGCAUCGUCUCGGCGCGCGUCAUGCGCGACAACGAGGGCAAGAGCCGCGAGUUUGGCUUUGUCAGCUUCACGACGGCCGACGAGGCGCAGCGCGCGCUGCGCGCCAUGCACAACACCACGCUCGGCGCCAAGCAGAUCACCGUCCGCCUCCACGAGCCCAAAAAGAUGCGCCAGGAGAAGCUGGCGGCCAAGUUUGGCGGCUCCGGCGGCGGAAACGGCGCAGGCACUGGCGGAUCGGCCACGCCCAAUAGCGACUACGGCGGCAUGCGCAGCCCGUCGAUCAACGGCGGCGUGGGCGGCGCGGUCGGCGCCGGCAGCAUGGGCGACGGGGGCGGCGUCUCGCCCGACGAGCGCCAGGAGCGGCGGAUGAGCAACUCGUACUACAAGGCCGCCCUGGCCAACUCGGACGGCGGCGCCAUGGACGAGGCGCAGCUAUCGUCGCUGACGCCCGUGGUGCGGCGCGAGGUCCUGUCGGGCGAGUUCAGCCGGCGCACAACGUCGCCGGGCGCCGGUCCCGUGCCGAGCGGGAUGCUGGGCGUGCCGGGCAUCCAGCGCAGCUUCUCGUCGGCCAGCUCGACGGCCGACCACGCAUCGGCCAUGUCGUCGGCGCCCGCGUCGUCCAAGGAGCGUGAGCGCCUCCUCCGUGCCGUCAUCAGCGUCGCGCCCGCCGGCGCGCCCGUCGAGGACAUCACCGACAUGCUCGUCACCCUGCCCAAAAAGGAGCGCGCGCUGUGCCUCUUUAACCCGGAGGUCCUGCGCGCCAAGGUCGAAGACGCCCGCGAGAUACUCGACAUGACCGAGGACGAGGAGAUUGGCGGCGGCGGCAGCGAUGCGCCCGCGUCGGCAGCGGCAGCGGCCUCGAGUUCGUCGCCAAAGAGCGACAAGGCGGUCAAGAGCGAGCCCGCCGUCAUCGGCAGCGGCAGCAACACCAACGGCACCGACGCAGCGCCUGCGACGACGACGACGACGACGACGACGACCUACACGCUCGCCACGCUGGCCGAGCUGCCGGCGGCCGAAAUCAUCAAGCUGGCCAACUCGACCCAGGGCCCGGCGAGCUCCGGGCUGCCGCUGCCCAAGGCGGACCCCAAGGUCGUGCAGCAGACGGACGAGUUCAUCGACUCGCUGGCGGGCAAGGCGCCGCACGACCAGAAGCAGAAGCUGGGCGACCAGCUCUUUAAAAAGGUGCGCGGCUUCGGCGUCAAGGGCGCGCCCAAGAUCACCAUUGCCCUCCUCGACUCCGAGGACCUGCGCGCCCUCGCCCACCUCAUGAACUCGUACGAGGCCGUGCUGCGCGAAAAGGUGCUCCAGCGUGCCGCCGCUGCCACCAAGUGA